AUGUUUAGGCGAUCGAAGAGUAUUAAGAAAACGAGCAAACAAAUUGAGGUCAUCUCUCAUAGUAAAACUCCGGGCGAUGAAGGAGAACAGUUAAAGGUUAGAGUUGAGGACAAAAGGAAGUCAAUAACUGUCACUGUUGAAACUGAAAGAUUAAAUUGUUUGUGUUGUGGGAUGGUUUUGGAUAUACCGAAAACCGCAGAGAAAUUCAAAUGCUGUGUAUGUCAUGUUACUACCUACAGAGGAGGCCAAACGAAAAGCGAAACUUAUAAAUAUAAAACAUCAAUAGAUGUGGAUGAUCUAGCUGUUAUAGUUAAGAAUUGUUUUAAUGAUAUAGUAGAAAGGAAAAAUGAAAUGACUCAAGAAGAAAAAUACAAUGUCUUCAACCCUGUGAAUGAUUACAUUGAUGCGAAAUUCAGACACCACCAAAUACUGGAGAAUUCAUUCCCAGGAAGCAGCCCUUUGGUUGACUCUGAUGUCAAUACUGAACAAGUACUCAGGUUUUACAAGAUAUUGUUCAGUCUACCAACCAGAAGACCAUAUUUCAGAAUGCUGUGUAGAAUGAAUGAUCUGUUAAGGAAGGCCAAUCACAAUUGUACACACUUUAGAUGGCUAAUUAUAAUUUUAAUGAACCCUGGUCUACGGUGUUGUCUGAUCGGAAAAGCGCAAGGUGGGUUCGACUCACAAGAGAUACGCACUAUAUCAUACGAACUACUAAAAAGAAGUAUUGGUUAUUUGUCUAAUUUGGAUAGGCAAAAACAUUCCAAAAAACUAAUAAAAUAUCUUAUGAGAAUGCCCCUCUCUUGCUUUAAAGAACAACUGGAAGUACUGAACUUAUAUCUUACAUUUCAAUUCUCUAAAAUAAUGUACAAGGACAACCAGAGUGUAAGAACUCGAAUACAACCAAGACGAAUGCCCAGCGAUGGUAUGGAGUUGGUUAACAAUUCUACAUACUGGAAUUAUCAUUUGUCUGGAAGUGAUGAGUCACCAAACAUCAAUGGCAUACUGGAAAGCAAGAGCUCAGAACAUGGUCAAAAGGGUAAAUCAGUUCCUUCCGGAGAUUUCAAAUUUAGUCCAUAUCAGUACGAAAAUGAUUGGCAUAUUCUAUCUGUUACCAAACUCAUUUCAUUUUUCUUUACAGCUAAUCAAAAGAGAAAUAUUUCUUGCCUUCAGUCCGAAAAUAAUGGUUUGUUGGACACCUCCACGUUUUACAACACUAUUUUAGACUUUAUUGACUAUAGGAAAGAUUUUGAUAAUUGGCGGGGGAAGCCCAAUCGACUUCAUUUCGUUCAAUCGAAAGAAUACGAUGGAAAUGGAAAGCAGUUCACUUUUUGCAAAUAUCCCUUCUUAAUUUCUCUAGGCUUGAAGAUAUCCAUAAUGGAAUAUGAAAUCAGAAGAAUUAUGGAAUAUGAAGCUGAACAAGCAUUUUUAUUAUCGCUUGAUAAAGGGAAAGUAAUCGACGUUUAUUUGAAAGUGAGGGUAAGACGAUCAAAUAUAAGUUCUGAUUCAUUACAAUCCAUAAAAGAGCAUCAAGGUGACUUAUUCAAAUCAUUAAAAGUCGAAUUUGUAGGAGAACCUGGAAUCGACGCUGGCGGGUUACGUAAGGAGUGGUUUAUGCUGUUGACCAAAACUUUAUUUGAUCCAAGAACUUCGUUAUUUGUAUAUGUACCUGAAAGUAGACUGAUAUGGUUCUCCAAUUCAGCUCAAAAUGAAGCUAGCAUUCCUGAUAAAGAAACUAUGGAAUUGUAUUAUCUUUUUGGAGUGGUAAUGGCACUUGCUAUAUUCAAUAGCACCAUACUGAAUCUUCAUUUUCCCAAGGCUUUGUAUAAAAAAAUAUGUGGAGAGCCCUUAAAAUUUGAUGACUAUGCAGAGAUUUAUCCUGAAACAGCGCAAAACCUUCAAAAACUUCUAGAAUAUGAUGGAGAUGAUUUUUCAGAAGUAUUUGCUCUAAAUUUCGAGACUACAUUUAUCAAUGAUAUGUGGGAAAUUAACCCAAAAAAUAUCAAAAAAUAUAAUACUGUGGAGUUAUGUGCCAAUGGUAAGAACAUGUCUGUUACAUCAAGCAACAAAGAAGAAUAUGUUAAAUUGUGGAUAGAUUUUUACCUCAAUAAAAAUAUCAGUACUACAUUUGAGAAAUUUCUUUUAGGAUUUAAAAGGGUUUUUUCUGUUUCCAAAUCAAUUAAGUUGUUUAAUUUUGAGGAAUUGCAGAGACUAGUUUGUGGAGACCAGGAUACUAAUAAGUAUGACUUUGGCAUGCUAAAAUCUGUAACCAAAUAUAUUGGUGGUAUGAACGAAAAUAUGCCCGUAGCAAAAUGGUUCUGGGAAAUUGCCCAAGAAUGGGAUAUCACAAAACAAAAAAAAUUGAUGCGAUUUGUGACUGGUUCUGAUGGUGUUCCAGCAACGGGUAUGUCUACCCUGCCUUUCAAAUUGAGUCUUUUGGGUUCAUCUGACUCUGACAAACUACCUAUAGCUCAUACCUGUUUUAAUGAACUCUGUUUAUGGCAAUAUCGAUCGAAAGAAAAAUUAGAAUCGAAGUUGAAAUGGGCAGUUACAGAAUCUGAAGGCUUUGGUUUUAAAUAG